AUUAGUAACCUGGCGAAAACUCCAUAUAAACAUAAGAGAAUAAUCAUGAAUUUUGAAAAGAUACAAAAGGCAAAAUCUAAAGAAAAAUAAACGGAUAGCAGAAAAUAUCAAGAGCGAGAGAAACAGUUCCAAAUAACUCAGGAAACAAAUUCUUCCUUGUCCUUGCUCAAUCUCUAAAACAAAAGAAGAGGAAAAAAAUGAAAAAUGCAUACCAAACGCAUGCUGGAAUGUCUAUCGACGCAAGCAAUAUGAGAAAAUCAACUAAGACUUUCUACGAAGAUCUAAAUUCCAACACUCAGUCAUUGAAAGAAAGACUGAAUUCGAGUUUUUAUAGCUCUAAAUACCAGAGAUAAAAGCCCAACAAAUCUCAAGCAUGAAGAGAAAUAUAGAACUAUGCUGCAAAUAAAAAUCAAUAUCUAUCAGAAGUUCUGAUAAGAAGAAGUACACAGGUUUCAAGAUGAAGCUUGCUAAGAGAAAGAUAGCACCUUCCAAGAAGUUUAUCCUCUGCCAGGAUCUGAUUGAUGUUGAGACUCCCAAGCUAAAAACUGGGAUGAAAUCUCUUAAGAAACAGAAGGAACCUAAAAUCAAGGAAACCGAACCAAAAGAAAAUAAUCCGAAAGAGUCUCCCAAAGAAAAUAAUGGAGACUCAAAUACUGAAGAUGUCCAGGACAGUACAAUUGUGAGAGUCCUUUCAGUAAAGUCCAUAGAUGCCAGUGAGACAAAAGAAAGCGAUAAGAAAGAAGGUCUUAACAAUUCACAGAAUACUGUUCAUCUACGAAAUAAUUUUUCUAAAACCAAAUUUGGAUGCAACACAAUAAAUAUUAAACCAAGAAGUGGGACUUUCGAUAAAGAUUCAAAGAAAGAAUCCUCAAGUGGCUUUCUUAGAGAGAAAUAGAAGAUCCAAAUGGAGAUAUAGUCAUAAAAAUAUUCCCCAGCAAGUUGUCACUCUGUUUGGAGGGGUUGGAGGUCAGAAAGAAUUUAUUAUCAAAGAUCAACUAGAAAAGAGCACAAUGAAGCGUUUAAAGCAUCAUAAAGUUUCUAUAAAUCGACCUUUCCAGUCGAUUCCAACUCGAAAAUUAUUCCCAGAGAACUAUGAUAAAAUAUUAACCCUAGACCAGGAUAAUUAUUUUAAUUCAGUAUACGGAAUAGAAGCAUCUCUCAAAGAAAGAUCUGUACAAGAAGAAUUUUCAUUAAGAACCUCAAGCAGACAAAGGCCUAAAACAACCAAUCAUAACCUAGAUUUUUCAAAUGUGCCUCCUGAACUACUCAGGAAAAGACAUCGACACUAUUAAAUC